UGCUGCUGACUUUAUCCAGAUUAAACAGCAGGGUGCUUUGUAUUUACUCUGUCAUUGUACAACCCCACACUGCGAGAUAUGUGUUUGUACUGAUGUAUAAAUAGGAGACAUCAAAGGAAACAUCUGUCACCAGACCAGAGAGGAGAGACGCCAUUCAAGCAGGACAGAAUGAGCCGCCAUGUGACAGUAGUUCUGCUCCUUGCCGUUGUCCUCCUGCUGUCUUCUCAUAUGAGUCACGGCCAGCACUGGUCUUAUGGACUAUGGCCAGGUGGAAAGCGGGAAGUUGAAAGUCUCCAGGAAUCCUAUUCAGAGGUGCCAAAUGAAGUGUCAUUUACGGAUCCUCAACACUUUGAACGGUCCAUUCCACAGAACAGAAUCAGUCUGGUCAGAGAUGCCUUGAUGAACUGGCUGGAGGGAGAGAACACCAGGAGGAAGAUUUGACGUUGGCAAUAGCUUCUUAAGAUAUAAGUCAGUAAACCACAAGCUAGGAUCACUCCGUAUUAUGUCCUGUUUAUAUCUACUAGAUCAUUGACAGUGUUGGCGUAAAUGUGAUAUCACUGUCUGAGGGAGGAAUUUUGUGUAAUUUUUGUCUAAUAAAGUAGA